AUGUGUUGUGUUCUUAUGUGUAUCAUCACAUGCAAAGUCGCGGGGUUGGUGUUGCAUAGCAUUGCUAUACUCUGCACCAUUGCCAGGCUUAUUUACAGAGCCUGGACGGGUCACUUCUGGUGGGAAGAUGCAUGGGCGGCAGUUGCACUAGUAGCAGACGUUCCUUCCCUGGCGUGUCUCUGGCUCGACCACAAGAUAACUUGUGAGUACUUGACUUCGCACUCCAAUAUCAAUCGCGUGUUCAUAUCACUCCCAGCCUGGAUCGUCUCAAUAACGUUCACCUCCGUCCUGUGGGCUGCGCGCAUGAGCAUCAUUUUCUCCGCCAUCCGCGUCGCCAACCACUCGGGCUGCAAGACCCACAAACAGAUCACGUAUCUCAUCGCAGCGUCCUUUGCGUGUAUGUGGGCUGGGCUGAUCGCCCAGAAGAUGAGCGCGUGCGAAAUUCGCUCGUGCAUCAUGCCGCCGUCGGUGGCAUUAUCGCAACUGAUCACGGACAUCAUCGCGGAUGUUUCCCUCGUUGCCGCGCCGCUGUAUCUCUGGAGCAAUAUAGGGCUCUCGCGUAGUAGACAAAUAUUAGUCUAUUCGGCGUUCGGCGCAUCUCUUCUAAUCACUGCCAUCACCAUCCCCCACUCUAUAAUGCUCUCCAUGGGCCACACGCCGACCACGCUUAUCCUUGCGUACGUCAAGGCAAGCACGCUCCCUCUCUUCAUCUGCAACCUCCUGGUGAUCGUAACCUUCUUAUACCGCAUAUGCUUAAAGGAAACGGUCGAUCUCGACCAAUCGUUCACAUCCAAUCAAGUCUUCACGAGCGUCAUUCUGACGCAGAUGCCCAGCAGCACGACCUUCGAGAUGUCACUCUCUGUACAAGAGGGGACAACCUCGAGACAGAAAACUGUAGUGCAGACCGGAGCGACGAAGCCGAAGGAUGAAGAUGCAAAUACGCGUUAUGCCGAAGAAGGCACUAAUCCCGAAGGAUGA